AUGGGGGCAAUCGGCUUCUUAUCACGAAAUGCAAUGGCCGAGCCCCGAGAUAAUUCCGAUGAUCUACCCAGGAAGUUUUCCUUAGCAGAGGUGAUCUCCGGGGCCUUGGCUAUUGAUGGACGCGACCCAUCCACAGCUAUGCCGGCACCUCAAACUCCUGAUAUGAACAGUCGCCUCAGUUCAGAGAGCCGGGAUCUAACGCUUGAGCAUGUCCGGAAAUUCCUGGAAUGGCCAAUCAUUAUGCCAUACAUCGACAAGGACAUUUAUCUCCGGCAAUGUGAGGAUGUUAUGGCAUGUAGAACUGACUGCCAUGCUGCACAGAGCCCUCCGCCAUUACAUGUUUUCAAUCUUCACAUGGCUUGCGCUAUUGGAAUUUCGCUCUCUCCGACUUCUACUCACCUUUCAUUUCUUAACGCAAGCCUUCACUCUGCCGCCCUCGGCGAACUUCCUUCCAUCUUGCGCACCGAAUCGACCCUUGAGCACAUACACUGCAUGAUCAUGCUUACCAUCUACUCUCUUUAUAACUCCUCCGGUGGCUCUGCCUGGCAUUUAUUAGGUCUGGCUAUGAAAACAUGUAUCUCGCUCGAUCUGCACCGAGAGCCAGACGUGAACUCGAGCAUUGGGCUACCUGAAGCUGACAGACGGCGAUGGUUGUUUUGGGCCGUGUACUCCUUUGACCGCAUGCUCAGCCUUGUCAUGGACCGCCCUUUGAGCAUCCAGGAUGAUUACAUUUCGGUACAACGGAAGACGAUGGCCUAUCCAUUACAACGGAGACGCCGCAUCAAAUAUCGCAAACCAUUCGCUAUCUUGUACUCUACUCUCAACUGGUUUCAAGUAUCCGGUCAGGAAGACGAGAGGACAUUCUACUUACCUACAGUAAUAUCGUUCAUUGGAGAGAUCUACCUCCCAACGUUGAUCGUCAAUCGCCUUCUGCUCCGCAUCUUCUGUAUCUUUUUGAACAGCUAUCUUGUCGGGCAUUGA